UAAUCGUCAUUUCCGGGAAAAUGGUGCCUCUCUCUGCGCUGCUGUUUCCGGUCGGAGUUUGGUGCGCCCUUUCCCUGGGGGACUCGGCCCUUAAGUCAUCUCCCAGUCUCAAGGCUCGUUACGAGGAAUGGCUGACAAACCACGGGAUCAGCAUUGCUCCCUUCCAUGCCCGGUGGCAGACCGCUGCCUUCAAUCGCCUCUUUAUGAAGUUGGGGCGCUGGAAGCCUCAGCUCCUGUACUUCUGGUUCAAUCUGGGAAUGGCCUUCGGUGUGAUCUCAAUGUUCGUCUCAAUAUUGCUUCUAGCCAAAACGUUCUCUCAGACAUUGGCAUUAAUGACAGCAGAGAGCCCUACACCUGAGAAUGAACGUAUUCUACAAGUUGUGGUGCCUGGUGUGAACCUGCCAAUCAGUCAGAUGGUCUAUUUCUUUGCUGCAAUUUUGAUCAGUGGCGUCAUUCAUGAGAUAGGUCACGGCGUGGCCGCAGUCAGGGAACAAGUGAGAUUUAAUGGGUUUGGAGUGUUCAUUUUCGUGAUCUAUCCUGGGGCAUUUGUUGACCUCUACACAAAUCAUUUGCAGUUGAUAUCCCCGAUCCAGCAACUCCGGGUGUUCUGUGCAGGUGUGUGGCACAACUUCAUCCUGGCAUUGAUGGCUUUGCUGGUCCUGUACUCAUUGCCAAUCUUCCUGUUCCCACUGUACUACACAGCGAUUGGGGCACUGGUCACUGAAGUCGCAGAGAAUUCCGCAGCCAGUGGACCCCGAGGACUGACAGCGGGUGAUCUCGUAAAGUAUGUGGAAAACUGCUCUGUUUAUAGUGUGGAAGAUUGGCACAAGUGCAUUGAAGACAUCUCUGUGAAACCACAGAUUGGAUACUGCAUCAGUGAGGCAGCCAUGCAGCAGCUGAGCUCUGUGGGCCGAGCGUACAGAAGGCUCGAUGGGACCACAGAAUGUUGUAGCAAUAAUAGCCUGGUGGACAUCUGCUUCUCUUACCGUGGGAACCUGCAAAUCCCUCAGUAUGCUUGUCUCGCUGCCAGAAAGGCCAUUGAAUUGAGCCAGGUGUGUCAGAGGAACACAGACUGUCCAAAGGAGUUGGCGCCCAGCCUUUGUGUGAAACCCUCUCUCGAAAAUCAAACCAGGCUGAUCAGAGUCAAACACUUGUCUCCCAUGGCCAUGUUAUUUGUAGGACACCCUGUGCAUCUUCAAUACGCAGUCAGUCUCACCAACUACAUGCCGCGGUUUGGAUUUCUGCACCUGGACUUCCCUGUGGUGAUUGAAACUUUUUGCAAAUACCUGCUUUCCCUGUCUGGAGCCCUGGCUGUUAUCAAUGCUGUGCCGUGCUUUGCCCUGGAUGGACAGUGGAUGCUGAGUUCUUUUCUGGAAGCGACACUAAGUUCACUGGUUGUGGAAAAGCAGAACCGAGAACUCAUUGCUUUUUUUAUCUUGCUCUUUGGCAGUGCUCUCCUGGCUUCUAAUGUGGUCCUGGGGCUCUGGAUGGUAACCACAAGGUAGCACUUUCGGCUGUCCUGGACUAGCUCACACUUGGUAGGGUUACCUUUCAUCAUUGCCUUGUUGGCAUCCCUCCCCGCAUCUAAAUAUACACUGGGGAUAUCGUUGAGCACUGUCCAAGAUUUUAACAAUACCCUGGGCUGUGCCCACAAGAUUUUGCACUCCCUGUACCUCCAGGUGAGGUUCCUCACUAGGACAUUGCAGUUGGAAAACCUGCGUAUAGCUGUCGUGCAGUGCCAUGUAUUGUGUAGUAUUGUGGCUUUUAAUUCCAAGCAGCAAUGGAAUUUGAGUUUGAUGGCUUCUUCUGCCUUUUUAGACAGAUUUGGAAAUGCGAAGUCUCCUGUUGAGUGGCAGUGAGCACCAGGUACAGAGUUUGGUACUUCAUUCUAAAUAUGCAGCAGCCAGACGAACAGAAUGUGUCUUUGAAAUUGGAAUCGAAGGCAACAAGGUGUUAAAAACAACCAGCAAACGUAGGAAAUACAAUAGUAUAUGUAUCCAUGAGGACUAUAUACUUGGCCAGAUGUCAAAAUGUUAAGACCACACAUGAGAAUUACUAACCAUUCUCCUCUCUACAGGUACUGUGCUUCCAAUAAAACCGAAAGAACUGCAGAUGCUGUAAAUCGGGAACAAAAACAGAAGUUGCUGGAAAAGCUCAGCAGGUCUGGCAGCAUCUGUGAAGAAAAUAUCAGAGUUAAUGUUUUGGGUCUGGUGACUCUUCCUGAGAGCUGAUGUAGCUGGGAAAACGUUGGUUUAUAUGCAUUGAUGCGUAAAUGGCUUUAUAUACUGUGUGUUGAAUGUUUGGCUGUAACUCCAUUUGAAUUGAAUGGUGUCUAACGUGAUGGUAGGGGAAUGGAGAGCUUUCAUGCAGGGAUCAGAGGCUAGAGAUGGACAAUGGCUAAACACGUCUCUGUUUGCCUGAAGGCUGAUCUGUCUUUGAUCUGUGCGGCUGUAAGCCAAUUUUAUUCCUUUUCCCCUUCCCAUACCAAUCUUAUUGAGGUUUAACAAAUCGUGACGGGUAUAGAUAAGGUGAGUGGCAGGGAUAUGGGCCAAGCGCAAGCAGAUGGGACUAGGUUAGUUUGGGAUUAUGUUUGGUAUGGACUGGUUAGACAGACAGAACUGUUUCUGUGCUCUAUGAUUCAUGACUCUAUACGUACAUUUCAUCACUAGAUUUUGCAAGUCGCUGCCAUGACUUGGGAAUGGUUAUGGAUGUGAACACGGUUUGUCCUGGAGCCCCCAGUGCAUUUGCAGUUGCUUGUGAUGCCUCCCCAGUUGGCAGCAGGACCAUCAGCACCAGAGAGACACAGAUGCUGUGUGAGUCCCAGGGUAGGGGGGGUCCAAAACUGCAGGGCAUAGGUUUACAGUGAGAGGGGACCUGUUCACGCAGAGGGUGGUGCAUGUAUGGAAUGAGCUGCCUGAGGGAGUGGUAGAGGCUGGUACAAUUACAACAUUUGAAAGACAUCUGGAUGGAAACAUGAAUAGGAAGGGUUUAGAGGGUUAUGGGCCAAAUGCUGGCAAAUGGGACUAGAUUUAUAUAGGAUAUCUGGUCAGCAUGGACUGGUUGGACCGAAAGGUCUGUUCUGUGUUGUAUGACACUAUGCUAUUAAUUACAACUCUGUUUUCUGUCAGUGAAUUAUACCUUUCUUUGCAAAUUGACUUUUGCUGGGUCUUCUACAGCAAAUUCAGUCAAUAGAAAAAAAUGGAAAGUGACCAUUUUAAUAGCAUUUAGGUUCUUGUAAAUAAUGGUUGUGAAUUUUUUUCAAUAGUAUGCUUCAAUAUUGCUUCAUCUUGAAAUUUUGUCCAUCGUCAGAAUUUUAAACCGUUGAAUUAGAAGGGAAUAUGAUAUUGGAUUUAAAAAAUCAAUGUGGGAUUGAGGGCAUAACCCUGGGAUUUACAGUUCCAUUAUCACUGAGCUAGCUGGGUUCUGUAGGAAUUCUGUCCUCAUUGUCUUUACUUUCAGUGAAACACCUAAUAUUUGUUUGGAGACUUUAAACUCCAUUCUGCUCCAGCUUGACAGUUGAAGCCUUCCACACCCCCACCCUGCCCUGCUCCCAAAUUGCAUAUGUAAGUUAAUUGUUUUGGAACCGUUGAAUCUUGCAGGCAACAAUUAAUGUGGGAAAAGGGGCAGCAUUGCUUUUACAUAAUUUCAAGUCUUCACUGAAUAUCUGUUUUCAAUGAGAAAGCGGAAGGGGGUUGCAAGACCAUGGACAUGGUCCAAAUGUCCUUUUUCUUUGUUAGAAUGGGUCACCCUGAGGGGAGCUGAACUUAAAAACCCUUCUUGUUUUAUACAGUCAGAAUGACUCUAACGCUAUAUCGGGGCACAUGCAGGGUGCUGUUCCCCUGGUGUGCUGGGACAAAUAAAUGCAGCUUAUAGAGUCCUCAUACUUGUACCUUUAUGGCAAUGUCUGUGUACUUUUCUCAACAUAAUCCCAAUGCCUGAGGAUUUUUUUUUUCCAAACAGUUGCCCGCUUAUUCAGUUGCUAUCAUAUUCUUCUCAUGAACAUCUUUAAAUUCAACUGACCCAUUACCAUCUUCUUUAAAUGCAACCGUACGCAUUACCUUUCACUUCCAAACGCCCAAAGUGUUUUUUUUUAAUAUAUUUACUCGUGAGAUGUGGGUGUCGCUGGCUGGGCCAGCAUUUAUUACCCGUCCCUAGUUGCCCUUGAGAAGAUGGUGGUGAGCUGCUUUCUUGAACCACUGCAGUCCAUGUGUUGUAGGUAAUCCACAAUGCCCUUAGGGAGAGAACUCCGGGAUUUUGACCCAAUGACACUGAAGGAACGGCAAUAUAUUUCCAAGUCAGGAUAGUAAGUGGCUUGGAGGGGAACUUGCAGGGGGUGGUGUUCCCAUGUAUCUGCUGCCAUUGACCUUCUAGAUGGUCACCUGUUUGGAAGGUGCUGUCUAAGAAUCUUAGUGAAUUUCUGCAGUGCAUCUAGUAGAUAGUACACACACUGGAUACUGAGUGUGGGUGGUGAGGGAGUGGAUGUUUGGUCCAUAUCUGUUUCUAGUUGUGAGCUAGUCAGUUUUUCACCUUAUUCUCUCCACAGGUAUUGCAGUGUUUUCAAUAUUGUGUGGUUCUGUUCUAAUCUACCUUUGGCUCUGCUUUACCACUUUCUAAACUAUUAUUCCCGUUUGUGUGUGUAUGAGACAAUCCUGGCAUGUUAAAAACUCUAACUCUAAUUUGAUCAUUUUAUUGCAUUUAUCAUUGAUGGGUGAUACUGGCAAAGUACCAUUUAUUGACGACUCUUGGUUACCACAAGAAGUGUGUAAAUGAAAAGUUAACCACUUGUAAGCUGUACCAUGUAAAGAUUUCACGCCCUUUCCUGAAGAAUUUUUAGUAUUCUGAUCCAUGGUUCUGUAACUUCCAUCAUUGCUAGGGCAAGGAAUUAGCUCCCUAAUCUGCCACAGCAGGAAUGGGGGAUCAAACCCUGCUCCUUUGGCAUCAAUCUGAUUCACUCUGGUUCUCCAGCCAAUUAAGAUAACUGCCUCCCACAGGGUCUGAGUUACAGUGGCAACACUUAACUGCAUGUUGCAGUCAGCUAUGGAUAGUGAUAGUGGAAGCUCCAAUUUCUUUGACCAGGACACAGUUUCACUCUUACUACCUGGCUUCGGGAGGGUUAGAAGGAUCUCUAAGUUGAUAAUUAACCCGUUUUGGCCAUGUUGUGAAUGCAGUUUCCUCGGCUAGCAAGUCUUGCAAUGGGACUCGAACCCAGAGCUUCUGGCUCAGAGGCAGGAACAUAAGACCUCCUCAGUGAAUCGAUUGUAAUGUCAUAAUUCAGCUACAUUGCGCAUUAUGCUUUCUCCCCUCCUGUAUUUAAGUGAUUGAUACAUACAGGUCUUCUAGCAGCAUAUGAAUAUCCACUCCAACACAGAUGAGGGAGGGAUUAUUCUAUCAUCUCAGCAGCAGGGAAAUGGUUCAGAAGCAGCAGAAUUAUUGCCACAUCAAGGCUGGCACUGCACUAAUCCACUGGUUUAAGCUGUAUCUGGUGGAUCUAAUGGGAAAUAUCGUAUUUGCACUACCUGGUUUAUUGUUUGUCUUGUCUACAUUGCAGGUGUUUCUACAAGAAGUGACCCUCCAUUUUGUAAUGAUGUCAUGUUUGCAUGAAAUAAAUUGUAACUGCAA